AGAAUAAAAUGGGUAAUAAGAGCAAUUAACCCAAAAUCCGAAAAAAAAGGAAAAAUUCACUGCUCUGCUUAGAUUUGAUUUCAUUUGGCAAAAACCGAAACCCAUCCUCGCUCGGCCCCCGUCUCUUUCCCGUUUCUUCUCUUCUUCCUGCGAUCAACUCCACUGUCCAGAAAAAAAAUUUUAAUUAAAAAAAAAGGUCCACUGGAACAUAUAUAUUUAUUAAGGUUGUGAUUCUGUUGAAUUUUGUUUGGGGAUGAUUAUGGAAGGGAUAGCAAGCAGAUCAGAGUUGCGCAAAGAGCUAGAGAGAGAACGCCGUCGUGUAAGGGACCGGCAAAGAAGGCAGUCUAUGAGCCAUGAGGAGAGAGAGAAGCAUCUCGCUAGACGCCGAAGAAACUAUCAAUUGCGGAGACAGAGAGCUGAAACUGCUCGGUUAUACCCUGCUCCACCUCCCGUUCAAUUUGAAGAUACAAGCAUUUCAACAAUUCAAUCGCCCUUGAGCAAUUCCAUUUCAAAUAUAAGUCCUCAGUUUUAUGCUGCCGCUCUUGUGGAUCCCAAUCAUGGACCAGAAAGACUAAUGCCGGAUACGAGAAGUGCCCAGAGUUUAGAAAUCCCAGCUCAUAAGUUAGCGACUUUACCUGGAAAGGUACGCUUGAAUCACAUAAAACAUCUGGCACGAGCAAUACAGAAUCCUGUUUGUGAUGGGGUUGGGAUAGGUGGGAUGAUGAAGGGAAAUGGAACUUCCAAUUGUUUAGUAUCAAAAGGGGUACGAUUAAACCAUAUUAAACGUCUUGCUCGGGCAGUACAUCCUAUUGUUCAAGAGGCUCCUAGUCUAAGUCUUCAAACCAUAAGAACAGAAGGGUGAACAUUUCUGUUUUACUGCUGAAGACAGAUAGCCAUUUUACCGAGUCAUACUAAUAUAUUUUGGCUCUUCCCCAGAUUCUUUCAGUUGAAGAUCUACUUCAGGUAGGCUGGAGGAAAAAAAAAAGGAUAAUUGCAAAAGCAGAGGAGCAUCACAGAUGUAGACAAGUCGAUGGAGAAGGGUGAGAGGGUUUAGAAUUUAGAAUUUAGUUGCAUGAUGAUGAUGAGAAAAGCGAUCUGCUAGGACUAGAUUUUCACAUAUCAAGGGGAGGGCUGCUAUCUAUUUUAACAAAUAUAUUUGUUGUUUUUCUUCCUCUUUCUUCAGACAGGUUAGCUUUGUAAAUUCUUCUUUUCUUUUUUUUUAAUUUCUCAAAUUUUCAUUUACUUAGAUUUCUUAACUGUUUCCUGCCCCUACUCCCGACCAAAUUAUUUCGAUGAGUUGUCAUUCAUUGCUACUGAGAUGGACUAUCAGCUCUCGGUUCUUUUAGCUUGGAAUUUGGAUGUGGGUCUAGAGCUUUAUUUUGAGCAAAUUAAUGGUGUGAAGAUAAAGAAA